GCGCGCAGCGGAGGGGGCGGGGAAAUUCCGGCUUUGAAUAAAAGCGAGGGAGAAAGCGAAGAUGGGUGACCUGCUUCCGGCUGAAGUCGGGCCUGGGAGGAAAAUGGCAGUGGAGGCGGAGGCCAGGGCUGGCGAACUCCUGGUUCAGAUGAAGGACAUACUGACCUCCGAGGGCCAAGGCAAAGAAGGAGCGGAGGCACAGCUCCCAGCUCAGGUCUUGGCUGAACAUGCAGUGAAAACCAGGAAGACUCACAAACUGAUGUACACUCAGUUACAAGUGAUGAAAUUCCUCCUGGAUUUCCUUGACUCAGGCCCUUCUAUCCAGGAAGACUCUACUGCAGCUGUUCGGAAGGAGAUGUUAGAAGCAAAACAGCAAUGGAAGGCACUCAAAGCAGAGUACGAGCAGCAAGUGGAGUUGAUCAAGGGGGCUGUGCCUCUCUUACUGGCCAAACUGGAGGAAGGGGAGAAGCGGUCCCAGCUCUUGGAGAGUGCCUUGCAGCGCUAUCAGGCCACGAAACAGGAGAUGGAGGACAAGGCAAAGAUUGCCCGCUCCAAGCACCAGAAAAAACAGGAGGCUUUGAGUGAGCAGCAGCAACAGCUAGAAAGUCAUGUCGCAGAACUACAGGAAAGGCUACAGAAACAUAGGAAAGAGCUGCAAAGCCUGCAGGGGAUUGUGGACGAGCAAGAGGGCCAGAUUUGCAUCUGGAGAGAGAAGCUUCAGAGAAUGCUUGACUUGCAGAGUCACUUGGAGAUUCUGCGAGGUGUAAAAUUAAUUUCAGUCUCAGAGGCCGAUCUGGAGAUUGAGCUGACCUCUCAUUCUGAGCCUAUGGCCUCUGAUCCCCACCGCCUGAGGCUGCAUUUACACUGGGCAGAUGAUGGCACUGUCACACUCAAGACCGACAGCCCUUUCUUUCUUGUCUCUGCUGUCCUUCCCGUGGGCACCACCAGCACUGUCAGAGGUGCCAUCUUGGAGCUGCAGCACAAUUUCUUCCAACAGGCACAGCUUCUGUCUGAGAUCGAGUCACUGCAGAACUGUUUUGCCAUUGACUGGCAGCAAGAGAAGAGGCUGUUGCAUUACCUGAAGCCAUCCUCCACUUGUAGUCUCCAUGUAGAACCAGGUUAUGCUGCCAAUGGAGAAGUCCGCCUUGUUUCAGUAAAGAAUCAACAUGGUCCAGUUGAUGUGACUUCCUACCGGCCCCCACAGGAGAGACCUUCAUUGACAAACUGGUUAGUGUACCUUAGUACAAUAGACUUCAGUGCUCCUUCCCUUGCCCAGAAAGCUGACCAUGUCUGUGCCCCAUGACAUGGAAUUGGGGCUAGAGUUUUUCUCUGAGGGAACACUUCCAUGAAGGUGUGAGAAAAAAUGAAAUCUAACUGGCGCCACUUGCAUCCUCCAGGGGUGUUUUUCCUGUGUAUAUGUAUAUGUCUAUGUUGGGUCUUUGCCUUUAUCUCCCAUGCUACCUUUUCAGCUUUAAUUUCCUCUACCUUGAUUUAAUCUUUCAUCCUUUCCUCUCAUUCCUCUCUUCGGACUACUCUUCUUUAGUAUUUCUGUUAGUUGUGAGUUCUUCGUACUUUUCUUUUUGAAAUGUUUUCUGUUCAAUAAAAUAUUAUUUGGAUAUA